GUGAACAGUAGCGCUCCUCAUCAUCCUUCUCCUCCUCGGCGUGUCGCUCCGGCUCUCCUCCAAGUUCGAAGAUGGCGGUGUCCGUGUUCCCGGGCGUGCGGCUCCUCACCAUCGGCGACGCAAAUGGAGAAAUUCAGCGGCACUCGGAGCAGCAACCGCUGAAGCUGGAGGUGAAAACUACGCAGGACGCCGCCCUGAUAGCCCUGUGCAACAAUGAGGACGUUUGUGUUUUCAAAUGCUCUGUGUCAAGGGAGACCGAGUGUAGCCGUGUUGGCAAACAGUCUUUCAUUAUCACGCUGGGGUGCAACAGUGUACUUAUUCAGUUCACCUCUCCAAAUGAUUUCUGCUCUUUUUAUAACAUCCUUAAGAACUGCAGGGGCCACAAUGCAGAAAGAUCAGUGUUCAGCGAGCGAACAGAAGAGUCAUCUGCAGUACAAUAUUUCCAGUUCUAUGGAUAUCUUUCACAACAGCAAAAUAUGAUGCAGGAUUAUGUCCGCACAGGUACCUAUCAGAGAGCCAUCCUGCAAAACCACAAUGACUUUAAGGAUAAGGUGGUGUUGGAUGUUGGCUGUGGUUCUGGGAUCCUUUCGUUCUUUGCUGCCCAAGCUGGAGCGCGGAAGAUCUAUGCUGUGGAGGCCAGUACUAUGGCUCAACAUGCGGAGGUGCUGGUCAAGAACAACAGUUUAUCAGAUCGAAUAGUGGUUAUCCCAGGCAAAGUGGAAGAGGUGACGCUACCAGAGCAGGUGGACAUGAUCAUAUCAGAGCCCAUGGGUUACAUGUUGUUUAAUGAGAGGAUGCUGGAAAGCUAUCUGCAUGCUAAGAAAUUUCUAAAACCUAAUGGGAACAUGUUUCCAACAAUUGGGGAUGUUCACUUGGCACCAUUCACAGAUGAACAGCUGUAUAUGGAGCAGUUCACAAAGGCCAAUUUUUGGUAUCAACCCUCUUUCCAUGGCGUGGACCUCUCUGCACUCCGUGGGGCUGCAGUUGAUGAGUAUUUCCGUCAACCCAUUGUAGAUACUUUUGACAUCCGCAUCCUGAUGGCAAAGUCUGUGAAAUACACAGUUCACUUCUUGGAAGCCAAAGAGGAUGACUUGCAUCGGAUAGAGAUCCCUUUCAAAUUUCACAUGAUGCAUUCAGGACUGGUUCAUGGCCUGGCUUUCUGGUUUGAUGUGGCCUUCAUCGGCUCAGUGAUGACUGUCUGGUUGUCUACAGCUCCUACUGAGCCCCUCACUCACUGGUACCAAGUACGAUGCCUCUUGCAGUCACCUCUCUUUGCCAAGGCUGGAGACACCUUAUCAGGGACAGCACUUCUCAUUGCCAACAAAAGACAAAGCUAUGAUAUCAGUAUUGUAGCUCAGGUUGACCAGACGGGCUCCAAAUCCAGCAACCUUUUGGAUCUAAAGAACCCUUUUUUUAGAUAUACAGGGGCCACGCCUUCUCCACCACCAGGCUCCCACUACAGCUCGCCCUCGGAGAAUAUGUGGAACUCUGGAGGGUCAUAUAGUAUGGGCCAAGGAAUGGGCGUGUCUGGCAUGCCUACUGCUUAUGACCUCAGCAGUGUUAUAUCUAGUGGAUCCACAGUUGGACACAAUAACCUCAUCCCUCUGGCAAACACUGGCAUCGUGAACCAUACACACUCCAGAAUGGGCUCCAUCAUGAGUACUGGUAUUGUACAAGGCACGUCCAGUGGGCAGGCGGGUUCCAGCUCAAGCAGCGGGCACUACAACCAGUUCACCAUGGGUGGACCUGCCAUCUCCAUGGCGUCACCUAUGUCCAUCCCCAGCAACACAAUGCACUAUGGGAGCUAAGAUAACCUUCCACUCUGAACUGACAGCGAAAGAAAACCAAAAGAGGCUCUUGGGGGCCUCUCUUCACCAUCCUUGCACCCCACCCCCCACCCAAACACACUUUCCCCUUUAAACCCUGACCACCACACCCCACUUUUCGGCAUGUCUCUGCACCGGGCAUGUGAAGUUGCCUGGUCAGUCCACGUUUCAGUGGUUAAUUAAGCAGGUUCUAGGUGAGUCCACUGCCUAUGUGUACUAUGCUCUUGUUCACUGUUGUGCAUAUCAUUAAAAUGUGCUGUGACACAGCCGUAUGGGGGAGACAGAAGAGCCAGCCGAGAGUGAAGGGCACGGAUGCAUGUCCAGCCCAACCCUUUGCCCCCCAUUAAGGCAGCCUUGUCGGCUGUCACUCAUCUUCCAGGACUUUUUGUUGAACAGAACCAUAUUCUACCCUGUGGGAUGAAUAACAAUGAGUGUCAUGCUAAGUGGAUGAGGCGACUUGUCUCCAAGUGACAUGGACCCUUGAAGCUUUGGACUGAUGCUGUUAGGUGUACAGGUUUAUCCACCUGUUAUUUUUUGACCCCAGCCCCCCUUCCAUUGGACUUUGUUGAACUUUUUUUUUGUUUCCCCCCACUCCUCCUUUGACUGUGUGGACUCUGGUAACCUGGAUAGAAAAUGAUGAAUUUCAGGUUGCAGUUUUUACUUUUUGACGUGUGUGAAAGCAUAGGAAAUCGGCUUACAAUGUCCUUUGCAGCAUCAGCGCUAGUUAAAUUUGUAAUUGAGCCUAAGUGCCCCUUGCCCCGAGUAGUGGAAUAACGUUGAUGGCUGCUUCAAGGCCACGUAGGACCAUCGUAAUCCUGAUCCUCUGCUGGAGGUGGGGAUAUAGCAUUGAGCACCAGCCAUUUAGGUUUUGAAUGAUGCAGAAAACUGGACUGCUUGAAGGAAAAAAAUAAAUGAAACAUUUUGGACUCGCCUGUGAAAAGGUCAGUAAAAGCUAAGCGCCUUGCCGCGCCCUGCCCAUGUUGUACCACGGCAAGGCAGUUGUAUAGGGUUUAAUUUUUCUCUUACUGUAUUGCACCUCAUGCCCAACUUUCAUCCGUCUUGUACGUUUAAAACUGACACUGAAAUUUUGGCAAGUGACAACCUUCACACCAAAUCCAUCCAGCCUGCAUCAAGGGGAGCUUCUGUGUUACCCAGCUAGAAGCAUAGAAUUCCUUUGUAGGUCGGGAUUUGUUGGCUUUUUUGUUUUUUUUUUUUUUAAAAUCCUUCUUGACAGUACACACUUCAGGUGGUCUUUUUUUUUCCUGUUUCAAUAUCAGUACAAAUUUCAGGUGGUCUUGAUAUUUUUUGCCACAAAGUAUUGUGCAGAUUUGGCUUUGGUGCAGUUUCUCAUCAUCUUUCAAUUUGGUCCAUGACAUGGGAGUCACUUGUAGGUUAUAAUUUUUUUUUUGUUUUUCUUUUUUUAUGGCACACUGUCCAGAUUGUGUGAUGUGUCAGCAUCCCACAACUAGUCACUUUUAAACACACACAAGAACAAAACAAGUUCAGUGUUAAGAGUCCAGUGAAGGAACAAGGCCACUGUGUCACCACAGCCUGAAAGGCCAGCUGCUUCUUGUCCCCGUUAAUAGUAUUUUGUAAUGUCUGCAUGGUCAAUGAAAGGCUACAGUCCAUGGCCUUUUGUUUUGGGUUUUCUCAGGGCACUCACCUUUUUAAAUGUUUUAUCAUAUCCAUAUGUUUUUAAUGGUAGCAAAGGUGACAUUAAAAAAUCAUACAUGAAUGCUAAAGCUUGCACCAUCUGACUCGUGGGAAAGGGCGAUACAUUAGACGAGCAGGCCCAGGUAUCGUCUGUUCUUGUUUGGCUAUGCCCUUCAUUUGUGCCCACAGUUUAUGGUAGGGGGAACCUCCAUAUCUGCCCAUAAAGCAGCCAAGCGUCAUGCCCCCUGUGUAAAGUGAGCACAGUCCGUUCACAAACCCCGACGAGUUUGAUUCAGUCUGGUCAGUGGCUGGGUUGAUCCAAGUGAUCAGUUUUAUGCAGAGGCCCUAAUGUAGUUAAAAUGCUGCAGCAACCGUAUUAUAGGAAGUUUGUUAAAUAGUGUUUUUUUUUUUUUUUUUGGUCUGUUUCUUUUCCCUGUAGUAUAAAUAAACUUGGGAGGGUUUUGAAAGA